GCGGGCACUGGGUCAGACAUUGGAUCGUCUGACUGGACAGCGGGCACUGGGUCACCAGGCAUCAGGUCAUUUGGCUCGACAGCGGGCACCGCGUCAUCUGGCAAGGCAGUGGGCUCCAAGUCAACUGGUAUGACCGCGGGCACUGGGUCAGACAUUGGAUCGUCUGACUGGACAGCGGGCACUGGGUCACCAGGCAUCAGGUCAUUUGGCUCGACAGCGGGCACCGCGUCAUCUGGCAAGGCAGUGGGCACCGGGUCACCAGGCAUUGGAUCGUCUGGCUCGACAGCGGGCAUCGGGUCACCAGGCAUCAGGUCAUUUGGCUUGCCAGCGGGCACCGCGUCAUCUGGCAAGGCAGUGGGCACCGGGUCACCAGGUAUGACAGCGGGCUCUGAGUCAAUUGGCACGACAGCGGGCACUGGAUCAGGUACCGGAUCAUCUGGAUCAACAGCGGGCAUCGAGUCAACUGGC